AAACGCAAAACCUGACUCUAAACUCCUACACACUCCAAAAUCUGAAGAACCUCAAAGAAUCAGAAACAAAUAAGGAGACAAAUCUUGAUGCGGAUGAUGGAGGUAGAGAGCAGUAAGAAAGAUUUAGAGCUGAAACACUUAGGGUUUGUGAGGAUAGCUACGAUUCAGAUUUUGGUUUCCGUUUCCAAUCUUUAUGAUUAUGCGAAACGUAACUCCGGGCCUUUGAGAUCACCCGUUGGAGCUGUUGAGGGUACUGUUAAUGCUGUGGUGAGUCCUGUUUAUGAUAAACUCAAGGGCGUCCCUGAUCAUCUUCUUGUCUUUCUUGAUCACAAGGUAGAUGGAGCAACAGCCAAGUUUGAUAAGCAUGCUCCUCCUGUUGCGAAGCAAGUUGUGAGCCAAGCACACUAUUUGAUUGAGAAAGCUUCAGAAAAGGCGAAAGUACUUGCGAACGAGUUUCAAGCAGGAGGACCACGCGCUGCUUUGCACUAUGUAGCUACAGAGUCUAAGCAUUUGUUCCUCACUGAAUCUGUGAAAGUGUGGGUUAAACUCGACCACUUUCCCUUUUUCCACAAAGUUGCAGGGGUGGCUGUUCCAGCAGCUGCGCAUUGGUCAGAUAAGUACAACCAUUUCGUCAAGGAGAUGAACCAGAAGGGCUAUACAGUGUUUGGUUACCUGCCAGUGGUUCCGAUUGAAGAGAUCUCCAAGGCAUUCAAGCAAGAAGAGGCAGAGAAGAAAGAAGAUGCAACUGCACUUAAAGAUUCGAGUUCAUCAGACUCUGAUUAAAAAAAAUGCAUUUCGUGCAAGGGCAUCCUGAGCCUAGUAGCAUGGCUGGUGAAAAUCUGAUAGGGUUUGUGGGUGUUGGUUGAAACAUGAACUGCGUGCUAAUAUGUAAAUCUGAUAGGGUUUGAGGGUGUUGGUUGAAAUAUGAACUGCGUGCUAAUAUGUAAAUUAAUUCAGCGGACCCUUUUUCUCAUAUCAAUGGAUGUGAGUGUUUUGUAA